GCAGGGUCCCGGCAGGCUGGGCGCAUGCGCGCGGGGACUACAAGCUGCGCCGCGCUGCCGCUGGCCCCUCAGCAACCCUCGACAUGGCGCUGAGGCGGCCACCGCGACUCCGGCUCUGCGCUCGGCUGCCUGACUUCUUCCUGCUGCUGCUUUUCAGGGGCUGCCUGAUAGGGGCUGUAAAUCUCAAAUCCAGCAAUCGAACCCCAGUGGUACAGGAAUUUGAAAGUGUGGAACUGUCUUGCAUCAUUACGGAUUCGCAGACAAGUGACCCCAGGAUCGAGUGGAAGAAAAUUCAAGAUGAACAAACCACAUAUGUGUUUUUUGACAACAAAAUUCAGGGAGACUUGGCAGGUCGUGCAGAAAUACUGGGGAAGACAUCCCUGAAGAUCUGGAAUGUGACACGGAGAGACUCAGCCCUUUAUCGCUGUGAGGUCGUUGCUCGAAAUGACCGCAAGGAAAUUGAUGAGAUUGUGAUCGAGUUAACUGUGCAAGUGAAGCCAGUGACCCCUGUCUGUAGAGUGCCGAAGGCUGUACCAGUAGGCAAGAUGGCAACACUGCACUGCCAGGAGAGUGAGGGCCACCCCCGGCCUCACUACAGCUGGUAUCGCAAUGAUGUACCACUGCCCACGGAUUCCAGAGCCAAUCCCAGAUUUCGCAAUUCUUCUUUCCACUUAAACUCUGAAACAGGCACUCUGGUGUUCACUGCUGUUCACAAGGACGACUCUGGGCAGUACUACUGCAUUGCUUCCAAUGACGCAGGCUCAGCCAGGUGUGAGGAGCAGGAGAUGGAAGUCUAUGACCUGAACAUUGGCGGAAUUAUUGGGGGGGUUCUGGUUGUCCUUGCUGUACUGGCCCUGAUCACGUUGGGCAUCUGCUGUGCAUACAGACGUGGCUACUUCAUCAACAAUAAACAGGAUGGAGAAAGUUACAAGAACCCAGGGAAACCAGAUGGAGUUAACUACAUCCGCACUGACGAGGAGGGCGACUUCAGACACAAGUCAUCGUUUGUGAUCUGAGACCCGCGGUGUGGCUGAGAGCGCACAGAGCGCACGUGCACAUACCUCUGCUAGAAACUCCUGUCAAGGCAGCGAGAGCUGAUGCACUCGGACAGAGCUAGACACUCAUUCAGAAGCUUUUCGUUUUGGCCAAAGUUGACCACUACUCUUCUUACUCUAACAAGCCACAUGAAUAGAAGAAUUUUCCUCAAGAUGGACCCGGUAAAUAUAACCACAAGGAAGCGAAACUGGGUGCGUUCACUGAGUUGGGUUCCUAAUCUGUUUCUGGCCUGAUUCCCGCAUGAGUAUUAGGGUGAUCUUAAAGAGUUUGCUCACGUAAACGCCCCUGUGCUGGGCCCUGUGAAGCCAGCAUGUUCACCACUGGUGGUUCAGCAGCCACGACAGCACCAUGUGAGAUGGCGAGGUGGCUGGACAGCACCAGCAGCGCAUCCCGGCGGGAACCCAGAAAAGGCUUCUUAACGCAGCAGCCUUACUUCAUCGGCCCACAGACACCACUGCAGUUUCUUCUUAAAGGCUCUGCUGAUCGGUGUUGCAGUGUCCAUUGUGGAGAAGCUUUUUGGAUCAGCAUUUUGUAAAAACCACCAAAAUCAGGAAGGUAAAUUGGUUGCUAGAAGAGGGAUCUUGCCUGAGGAACCCUGCUUGUCCAACAGGGUGUCAGGAUUUAAGGAAAACCUUCGUCUUAGGCUGAGUCUGAAAUGGUACUGAAAUAUGCUUUUCUAUCGGUCUUGUUUAUUUUAUAAAAUUUUACAUCUAAAUUUUUGCUAAGGAUGUAUUUUGAUUAUUGAAAAGAAAAUUUCUAUUUAAACUGUAAAUAUAUUGUCAUACAAUGUUAAAUAACCUAUUUUUUUAAAAAAGUUCAACUUAAGGUAGAAGUUCCAAGCUACUAGUGUUAAAUUGGAAAAUAUCAAUAAUUAAGAGUAUUUUACCCAAGGAAUCCUCUCAUGGAAGCUUACUGCGAUGUUCCUUUUCUCACACAAGUUUUAGCCUUUUUCACAAGGGAACUUAUACUGUCUACACAUCAGACCAUAGUUGCUUAGGAAACCUUUAAAAAUUCCAGUUGAGCAAUGUUGAAAUCAGUUUGCAUCUCUUCAAAAGAAACCUCUCAGGUUAGCUUUGAACUGCCUCUUCCUGAGAUGACUAGGACAGUCUGUACCCAGAGGCCACCCAGAAGCCCUCAGAUGUACAUACACAGACGCCAGUCAGCUCCUGGGGUUGCGCCAGGCGCCCCCGCUCUAGCUCACUGUUGCCUCGCUGUCUGCCAGGAGGCCCUGCCAUCGUUGGGCCCUGGCAGUGGCUGUGUCCCAGUGAGCUUUACUCACGUGGCCCUUGCUUCAUCCAGCACAGCUCUCAGGUGGGCACUGCAGGGACACUGGUGUCUUCCAUGUAGCGUCCCAGCUUUGGGCUCCUGUAACAGACCUCUUUUUGGUUAUGGAUGGCUCACAAAAUAGAGCCCCCAAUGCUAUUUUUUUUUUAAGUUUGUUUAAUUAUUUGUUAAGACUACCUAAGGCCAAAGGCAAUUGUGAAAUCAAGUCUGUCAAGUACAAUAACAUUUUUAAAAGAAAAUGGAUCCCACUGUUCCUCUUUGCCACAGAGAAAGCACCCAGACGCCACAGGCUCUGUCGCAUUUCAAAACAAACCAUGAUGGAGUGGCGGCCAGUCCAGCCUUUUAAAGAACGUCAGGUGGAGCAGCCAGGUGAAAGGCCUGGCAGGGAGGAAAGUGAAACGCCUGAAUCAAAAGCAGUUUUCUAAUUUUGACUUUAAAUUUUUCAUCCGCCGGAGACACUGCUCCCAUUUGUGGGGGGACAUUAGCAACAUCACUCAGAAGCCUGUGUUCUUCAAGAGCAGGUGUUCUCAGCCUCACAUGCCCUGCCAUGCUGGACUCAGGACUGAAGUGCUGUAAAGCAAGGAGCUGCUGAGAAGGAGCACUCCACUGUGUGCCUGGAGAACGGCUCUCACUACUCACCUUGUCUUUCAGCUUCCAGUGUCUUCGGUUUUUUAUACUUUGACAGCUUUUUUUUAAUUGCAUACAUGAGACUGUGUUGACUUUUUUUAGUUAUGUGAAACACUUUGCCGCAGGCCGCCUGGCAGAGGCAGGAAAUGCUCCAGCAGUGGCUCAGUGCUCCCUGGUGUCUGCUGCAUGGCAUCCUGGAUGCUUAGCAUGCAAGUUCCCUCCAUCAUUGCCACCUUGGUAGAGAGGGAUGGCUCCCCACCCUCAGCGUUGGGGAUUCACGCUCCAGCCUCCUUCUUGGUUGUCAUAGUGAUAGGGUAGCCUUAUUGCCCCCUCUUCUUAUACCCUAAAACCUUCUACACUAGUGCCAUGGGAACCAGGUCUGAAAAAGUAGAGAGAAGUGGAAGUAGAGUCUGGGAAGUAGCUGCCUAUAACUGAGACUAGACGGAAAAGGAAUACUCGUGUAUUUUAAGAUAUGAAUGUGACUCAAGACUCGAGGCCGAUACGAGGCUGUGAUUCUGCCUUUGGAUGGAUGUUGCUGUACAUAGAUAUUACAGACUUGUACUAACACACCUGUAAUUUGGUAUUUGUUUAACCUCAUUUAUAAAAGCUUCAAAAAAACCCAAA